AUGUCUACCUCAGAUUCAGAGCAGCAAGCUGUCUCGUCCCAGCCGGAGCCCAAAAGUGGCCGAUACUUCCGGAAGCACGCAGACUUCUUCACCAAGAAGAGCGGCGACAUCAUGCUCCAGGCAGACGAUGAGAAACGCGUCUGCUUCUGCUUCAACCUCGUGCAACUCCAAGCGGCCUCCUCCUUCUUCCGCGACCUCCCCGCAUCAUCCCAUCCGACCGACAUGGUGGACGGUCUCCCUCGCUACCCCAUCCUCGAAUCCUCCUCUGACGGCCUCCACGUCUUCCUCCUCGCUGUUAGAUCCCUUUCCCAAGUCGCACCUUUCGUCCUCCCGGAACACAUCAUCCAGAGCACUCCCGCGGCCAUAUACGAGGCGGCCCAGAUCGGCGCACGCCUCGACGUUCCCUGUAUCUACCGGCUCCUUGACGAAGCGCUGAGCGGGGCGAGCCACAUCUUCCACACUCCCUUCAUCCUCUUCGCGAUAUGGGAGCUCAGCGCUAUCUCCUCCAAGACCAUGUCCGCAAGCCGGUCCACUCUCGAUCUGGACAUCACCGCGGUGGACAAAUACCUCGUCCGAGCGGUUCAUGUCCAGUCUCCGGCGUGCUGGCUGGAGCUGCAGGACCUCCACCUGCGCCGAGCGCAAGGAAUGGCGCGGGUGCGGAGCAUCUGCGAGGAGAUCGUGAUGGGGGCGUGCAGGGACUGCGGGCGGGACGGGCGGGCGGUUACUGAGGAGGCAAGGCUCAGGAUCAUACAGGGAGCAGUGGACGGUCCGGAAGAGGUGGCAGCGAAGAUGCGAAGGGUCAGCUUUGUGUCUGUUUGUGGUGCGUGUCAAGGGAGGACUCGGAAACACAUCGACUCGCUCCACGAUUGGUACAUGCGUUUCAUCUCGGAGUACAGGUUCUUGGCUCCCUACGAGUCACCCAAAGGAGGGUGGUGA